CUCAGAGUGAAGCAAGCUGGGGUUAGCAUUCAAAAGAUUGUACCUGGCCUUCAAAUAUUGGGCAUUCGUCUCAAUCAGUACUUCACUAUUGUACGCCCUGAAGUGAAAUUUACCAUCUCCAGUGUUCAGAGAUUUAUCAACAGCCAAUUUGUUUUCCGGACCAAGAGAGAAAUGAUGCCGGACUCUUGGAAGCAGCGUCCUAUGUUAGAACUAAGAGGGCAGAUGAUCUGGAUGGAGUCUGUUCAGUGCAUGCUGUACCUUUGUUCCCCUCUGCUGCGUACAUUGCAUGAGUUGGAGGAAAGACACAUGCACAUUUCGGACAUAGCUCCCCAUGAUGUCACUAGAGAUUUGAUCUUGCUCAACCAACAGCGGUUGGCUGAGAUGGAGCUCUCCAAUCAACUGGAGAGGAAAAAAGAGGAGCUGCGGAUCCUGUCUAAACACCUGGAGGAAGAAAGGAAGAAAACAGAAGCCCUCCUGUAUGCCAUGCUGCCUAAACAUGUUGCCAACCAGCUCAAAGAGGGGAAACGAGUUGAGGCAGGAGAAUUCAAAGAAUGUACUAUAUUAUUCAGUGAUGUUGUGACUUUUACCAACAUUUGCGCCCAGUGUGAGCCUAUUCAGAUAGUGCUCAUGUUAAAUACAAUGUAUCUACGAUUUGACAGGUUAACCACAGUACAUGAUGUCUACAAGGUUGAAACCAUAGGCGAUGCCUACAUGGUUGUAGGGGGUGUCCCUGUCCCUGUAUCAACCCACGCUGAACGGGUUGCCAACUUUGCCCUUGGAAUGAUCAUAGCAGCCAAAGACAUUAAAAACCCUGUUUCUGAAAAUCCUAUUCAAAUUAGGGUUGGGAUCCACACAGGGUCUGUCCUUGCAGGGGUUGUUGGAGAAAAAAUGCCACGUUACUGUUUGUUUGGAGAUACAGUGAAUAUAGCAUCCCGGAUGGAAAGUCAUGGAGUGCCAAACAAAAUCCACCUCAGUGGCAGUGUUUAUCAAUGCCUCAAAGAAAAUAAUUUUGAUAUUAAGGAAAGAGGAGAAAUUGAUGUAAAGGGCAAAGGAAAAAUGCACACUUAUUUUCUGGUCCAAAAUACAAUUGCAACUGAGAAUGAGAUCAUGGGAAGACCAAGAGAAGAUGCUGGCCUCAACCACGAAACUUCUCAAUUGUCUCAAGAUUGCACGGCUGAUGGCAUGCAAAACUCUUUCUCACAAGAUGUCCCACUGAAUUCAGACAAGGAAUUGCCUCCUAUCGUACCAAUGAAAUACGCAGAUAGACCCAUAGAAAACCACACCAAUGUUAAAGGAAGGCAUGAAUCAAGAGCAAAGGAUUUAACAGACAAACUGCUUGAUGCAGAGACCUAUGCAAGUCUCCAUGGUGACCAGCAGCCAAACCAAAAUCCAUACAAUUUCAUACAAAGAAGACACAGGCCAGCUGCAGAGACACCACAGAUCAGGAAUAACAGAUCUAAUUUUUGUAACCUGUUUUAAUGUUCACAUUAGAGUAUUUCUGUGUCCUAUGUUAUUAUGUUUCAUUGUUGUCCCCUUGGAACCUUUAUGCAACGUCCAGUGAUCUAGUAUGUGUUUUAAGAUUGACAUGUCUUUGUUUCACUGGUAGCAAUAACAAAACAAAUGUCAAUAUUAUUAUGGUCAUAGUAUUGACUUGUCUUAUGUAUGAGUAUAACUUUACCUCAUCUAUGACAUGGGAGAGCCAGUCAGCAUAUUUUGUAGUGUUUUUUCUCUGAUAUGUUAUAUUGCAAAAAAACAUUGUUGAAGUCAGUUAACACAACAAUUCAUAUGAACAAGUUCAACUGUUCCCCAUUCCUGGCCUCUGAACAAUAUGUCUCCCAUUUAUUUGUAGUUUUAUAUUCACAUAUGGUUUCAAAGUCCUCCAGAAGUUGCUAUCUUUGUUUAGUGUGGAUAUAACUGUUUUGUCUGUGUAGGCCCUGAUAUUCAUUUUGGAACAGAAGAAAUGGUCUGUCCCUCAGUCCUGAGCGACAAUAUUUGUAUUGUACAAUAUUUUCACCUAAAGACAUUGACCAAAGUAAGUCAGUUAGGAAACAUGCAUUCCAAGAACUCUGUGCAAAUUUCAAACCCUAUUUUUUACUUAUGUUAUGACUUAAUGAUUCAUAUUUCAUAAUUGUGAUGAAAUCCCAUCUUAUUGCAGAUGCCUCUGUCCUCUCCUCCUCUUACGUCCGCACACUCCAAGAUAUACAUAAAUAAAGGAUAAGGCACCUUCUUUAUUUAGAGUU